GACCUGUAGACACCUGGACCAACCUGGAACACAACAAGAUGAGGAUCCUGCUGAUAGUCAUCCUCCUCUCCUUCAUGACAGGUUGUUUGAGCUCCUUCAAAGUGACAGGAUACUCUGGAGGAACUGUCAUCAUCUACUGUCAUUAUUCUACAGAAGACAGAAGCCAUGAGAAAUAUUUCUGUAAGGGACCAAAGUGGACUUAUAGUUGUGAUAAGAAGAUAACUACUCUGAGGAAGAACACCUGGUUCCACAGUGGUAGAUUCUCUCUGUAUGACAUCACUGGAGGAAACUACUUCAAGGUGAUCAUCAGAAAACUGACCAGUCAAGAUGAAGGGACCUACUGGUGUGGAGUGGACAAACCUGCUAUACUUACACCUGACAGUUAUACCGAGGUAGAGCUGGAUGUGAAGGAGGGUGACUGCUGUGAGAAGUCAGUCACAGAGACGGCCUUUCUGGGAGGAGAAGCUACCAUCAGAUGCAACUAUCCAGAGGACCGUGAGGACAGCGUCAGGUAUUUCUGCAAGGAAGACAGUGAAUCUGACUGUGAAUACCAGAUAUCCGGUACAUAUUACUCAGAACUAGGAAGAUACUCUAUUUCUAAGAGAAGAAGAGAGAGAUUCUCCACAGUGACCAUCAGGGACCUGACUGAAGAUGAUACUGGGACCUACUGGUGUGGAGUAGAAACCAGCAGGACAGAACAAUGUUACAUUACACUGAUCACACAGGUGAAGCUGCUUGUUAGAAAUUGGAGGAACGUCAGACCUGUAAAGAAGACAGGACAUGUUGGGGAGGUCGUCAGUCUCUGGUGUAAAUAUCCACGGGAGAAUGAGGAGAAAGAGAAGAUAUUUUGUAAAGGGGACAGUCCUUCAACAUGUGAAGAUAAGAUAACAUCUAGGACACAGAACAAAAUGGCAGACAAUGGCAGGUUUUCCCUAUUUGAUAACCGUGAGAAGACCAACUUCACUGUUCACAUCAAAGAGCUGAGACCAGAGGAUUCUGGGACAUAUUGGUGUGUGUCUGAUAGAAGAUGGAGACCUGCAGACUACACUAGAUUUAUCCUCUCUGUGGCCUCCUCUGCUCCCCAUGCUGUCCACCUGCAGUAA